AUGGAGCCAGAGCUCGACCUGGUGGUCCAUGAGCAGCUUUGUGUUGGGGAGAAGCGCCACAAGUGCUCGGAGUGUGGGAUGAGCUUCAGAUGGAGGUUCCUCCUGAUCUGCCACCAGAGGAUCCACACUGGGGAGAGGCCCUACGAGUGUGAGGAGUGUGGGAAGAGGUUUCACAUCAGCUCCACACUCCUCAAGCACCAGCGCACACACACAGAUGAGAAGCCCUUCCGCUGCCCCAACUGCGGGAAGGGGUUCAGAAAAAACUCCCACCUCAUCACCCACCGGCGCAUCCACACCGGGGAAAAGCCCCACGAGUGUGAGGAGUGUGGAAUAAACUUCAGCCAGAGCUCCCACCUGAUCAGCCACCAGAGGAUCCACACUGGGGAAAGGCCCUACAAGUGUGAGGAGUGUGGGAAGGGCUUCAUUGAGCGUGACCAAUUGAUCUGCCACCAGUACAUCCACACUGGGAAAAGGCCACACAAGUGUGGGGACUGUGGGAAGGGCUUCAGGCACCAUUCCAGCCUAGUCCUUCAUCUAAGGAUCCACACUGGGGAGAGGCCCUACGAGUGUUCUAAGUGUGGCAAGAGAUUUCCCACCCACUCUCGUCUUGUCAAGCACUACCAGACACACACGGAGGAGAGGCCCUACGAGUGUCCUGACUUCGGGAAGGGCUUCAGGCAAAACUACCACCUCAUCCGCCACCGGCACAUCCACACUGGGGAGAGGCCCUACGAGUGUGAUGAAUGUGGGAAGAGCUUCUCCCGCAGCUCAAACUUGACAAAACACCAACAGAGGCACCGGUAAGGGAAGCCCUGCGAGUGCCCCGAGUGUGGGAAGAGCUUCGUGCGCUUCUCCAACUCCAUCCCCCACUGCAGGACCCACAUUGAGGAGA